CAUUGUUGUUGUCGUCGUAGAAGAGUCCGGAGAUGGGACUGAGCUUGGUGGGUGCGCAGCACGCUUUGGGAACCUCGUCCGGCUUCAGAAGGGUUCGCAAUCGUCGGGAGGUGGACAGCGACAUCGACUUCGAAGAGGAAUCAACUGUCCUGGAUGAGGUCCAGUUGGUUGUGCCAUUGGAUGAUGUGCCGGAUGUACCACUGCUGCCAGCCAUCCUUGAGGAGGUGCCAGAUGUGCCGACUAUCCUUGAGGAGGCCACUGGUAAUUGGCAGUUGAUACCGAUUAGGUUUAGCUCCCUGUACUGUGGGCCUGUUGUGAUCAGGAACAAUGCCGGUCCGGUGGCUAAAGCUUGGAGAACUUUCCAGUUCAUCAGCCCCAUUAUCACCUACAUGCGUGGGGGAUCCCAGCAGGUGGUGGUGAGGAUGCACCAUGCGAGUAGGGUUCGAGGCCUGGAGACUCAACUGGUGUGGGCCAUCUCCAAGGAGACACACAGACUUAGUCCAGAGGGCAUCCCCUACUGUGCCACCAAGGUUCAGUCCAUCUCUUGGAUCCAGUAUGUGGCUGGCAGGGUGACCCAGUAUGCGUCUCACCUCCGCCACGAGACGUCUGUGGCCGUGACGCAUGGCUGCUACCAGCAAACUGAUGUCUCGGUGGUGUACGCCACUCUCCACAUGGGGCUGGAUGGGCUGCUCUCCUCCUCGGCGUGGUCGGAGGCUGCCUCCGUCUCUACGCCCACCACUCAGCAGUUCACUGAGCCAGAGCCUGAGGGCCACAACUGCUAUGAGGGCUGGGAGGAGGACCUGCUGCCUGAGGAGAGGGAGGUUCCUCUGCUAAACCUCUACCUUACCACCAAGAGAGUGGAGGACAUCGGCCUGAGGCUCGUCUCCCUGCGCCAGGCCUUUACUACCCUGCUCGGUUCCACCCUGAGCAGGAACCAUCUGUUUGUGGCGGGAAAGGUCCUACUGGGCGCACUGGUUCAGGUCCACCAGAUGGACGAGGCCGAAUUCAUCCGUGCCUAUAACGACUUUGUGGACUACCUGAGUGACCCCUCCAAGCAGAUUGACAUUGAGAGGGGAGCUGGCUGA